AUGGACUUUGCUUCUGCACGCUUGGCGAUUUUGAAGGUGCUGAGGGCUGCGCACGCGGAGGAGGUGCCCCGCCUGUUGCAUUGGAUAAAAUCGAGUAAUGACUUUGAUGAAUUUAGAUCCACUAAUGAUGAUGUUCUUCUCAGAAGUAUUGCUGAAGAUCUUCGGCGUUUUUUGCCCACUGAGGCAAUGCUUGCUUCUGAGCCCUUUGCCAUUCAAAAACUGCAUCAGCAACCAAAACCUACCGUGCAUGUUGAUGCAUUCCUUUAUGAUGAUGAAAGUAUUGAUUCUUUAUGUGAAGAAGGAAAGAUGAGCAGAAACUACUGUCUAAUUUGUGGUUCUCAUCAGACAGCACCAUUAGAGUUCAUUUCCCAUUCCUUUUCCGUCUCAGAACUGAAAUUUCUCUACCAGCAUGUUCUACCUGAUUUGACAGGGAAGGUUGUGAUUGACGUUGGCUCCAGGCUUGGUGCAGUACUGUUUGGGGCCUACUUUUACAGCUCAGCAUCUCAAAUCUAUGGUGUUGAAAUGAAUGCAGAAUUUUGCCAAUUGCAAGGAAUUAUUGUGGCCAAAUACCAACUCAGUGAAAGAAUAAAGGUGCUUCACGCAGACAUUUGUACCCAGGCCUCACUGCUUCAGAAUGCUGAUGUUGUUGUAAUGAAUAAUGUCUUUGAAUAUUUCCUUGACAAAGAGGAACAGGCCAGAUCCUGGGAAUUUAUCAGUCAAAAUGUAAAAAAGAAAGGAUCGUUAUUGGUCACAGUCCCAAGUCUUGAUGAAUCUUUAUCAAAUCUUCAGGUGAACAUUCAGCUCAGCCAGUGGGUAGAAGCAGUGCCGUUAAUCUAUGAUGUAUUUUUGGAAGAAGAUGGUGAUAUAGAAGCUCUUAAACAAAUUUACUUAUAUAAGAUUCUAUAGUAUAAAUACUUAUUCAAACUGUAGAAUUGUGGUUCAUAUAGCCGUCUUUUUUUUAUGAGCACUAUGUAGAGGCUGUGCCCUUUCCAGUGGACAAAAUGAAAAGGCAGAGAUGUGCACUUGGUUAUGUUAAAGAGCAUCUGAUUGGUUCAUCUUAAUGAAAAGACCAUGCUUAAAGAGCAAAAAAUGCUGCCGUGCUACUUUUUAAUGGAUUUUGUCUUUUUUUGAGUACUGAAUAUGAUAAUGUAUCGUUUUGAUGUAUAUUUAUGUCAGCUGCUGAUUUUUAAAAAAUUUCUACUGGCUUUUUUAUUUCUACUGGCUUUUAAAUAUGUAGAUAUAGUUAUUUUUGUUACCAAAUUGUGUUUACAUUUUGUAAGCCCCCUGAUAGUAGAGAUUUCAA